AUGAUUUACGAUUUCAAUAUACCUUAUCCUAAUAACAAUGAUACUGUUGAACGUGAGAGAAUUGAAAAAAUACUGAAUCGACUCCAUUCAAUCGACACUAAAGGCAUUAUAGCUCUUAAUUUAACAUUGGAAGGAAAUCUAGCCAAUGUUGAGCCAAUAAGUCCAAUAGCACCUGAAAAAUAUCCAAACAUUCAACAAUUAACAAGAGCUACAUUAUUAAUAGAAGACACCAAACAUAACUAUCAGCUUUCAUCUAGUUCAGCCUAUCCUAAAAUUGGAAUUUUAGCAGUUCGUCCUACAAAUUUAGAUAUCUGUAAACACGCUUGUCAAACGUUAGAAGUGGAUUUAAUAUCAAUUGAUUUAGCUAAAUCAAGAGCUUUACCCAACUUUGCCAUGGCACAAGUAGCAGUAAAUCGUGGUAUUUUUUUUGAAAUUUGUUAUUCACAAUCAUUUAGAGAUCCUAGUAGAAAAUCCAUGUUUUUUAAUAACGUAAAGAGAUUAAUAGAAGUUACUCGAGGACAUAAUUUGAUUUUUUCAAGUGAAGCGAUAAGAGCUUUAGAUAUAAGAAGAACAAGUGAUUUAAGGAUACUAGCAAGUAUGUAUGGUAUGACACAAGAUCAAAUUGAAGCAACUAUUUCAGUCAAUUAUCCUAAAUUACUAAAGAAAGCAGAAACAAGAAGAUUAACCUAUAAUGCCACCAUCAGUUUUGAUAAAAAACAACUCUUUCGUGAAUCAGAAAAUGCCGUUUUGAAACGUAAAAAUAAUGAACAGCAACAGUCAUCCAAGAAAUCAACCAAGAAGGCCAAAAGGCCCCAAUAA